AUGUGCGAGAGGAGAGGGUGUGCUAGUAUCUGCCCCGAGGGCGUGAUGGAGCGUGAGAGGAAGAAGCGUGUUGAACCUGUGACGGAUCAACUCCACGCGCGGAUAGCGGUCCUGGAAGCAGCCAUCAAGGACGACAGCCACCCGCCCCACCGGCCAAACGGCACUGGCCCCGACGGUCCAGGCCCAUCACACCGCGACCACGAACGCGAACGUGACCGGGAAAACGGACACGGACACGGACACGGACACGGGCACGGCGAGCACCACGACGCGCGCGCCCACUCGUCCGUCUCUGUAUCCGCCACUGCUGGCUCCCUGUCCAUCGGAACGGGUGGCGAGACGCGCUACGUCGGCUCCCUCGCCGGCAGCGCAUACUUGCGUGACCGCCGGUCUCCGCCAUCUGCGGGCUCGGCAUACGAUGCCGGCAGUGCCGGGAUGGCACUUGGCGGAGGGCCGCCGGGGAGCAGUGGUAGCGCCAACAGUGGGGCCGGGAGGCAGCGAAGGGAUGUACACGGCGGAGGAGGGGACCCGCUCGCCGACUUGCGCUCGCGCCUUCCGCCAUGGGACGAGGGCAGGUCCAUGGCCGAGGCGUACUGGGACCACGUCAACUGGAUCCACCAGGUCGUUCCCCGCCCCACAUUUGAAGCAGAGUACCUCCCCAGCGCGUAUGGCGAUGGCGGGAACCCCCACCAGCUGGCCUGUGUGUUCCUCGCCAUGGCGAUCGGUGUCAUGUUCGACCUGUCGAGGCCGCCAUUCCACCCCCGCGGCAAGGAACUGUUCAACCUCGGCAGGCAGGCGCUCGAGCGCUCGCACGAAAAGGCUUCCGUGGCCACGGUACAGGCUCUCGUGAUGGUCGGGACGUUUAUUGUAAACGACAAUGAUUCCAACGGUGCCGAAUCAUACUGGCCCACCCUGGGCCAGGCAGUCAAAAUCGCCCUCAGCGUCGGGCUGCACCGUGACGGUGAAGCCUUUGGCCUCGACGGGCGCGACGUCGAGGAGCGUCGAAAGGUGUUUUGGGAGCUCAUGGAAUACGACCGUACGCAGGCGCUCAGUUUUGGACGGCCAUGUGGCCUCAGUAACCGCCACGCCGAUACCAAGUUCCCCUCGGCCGACGGGGUUCUGUUUUCGGAUGACUCGGGGUACCACCACGCCAAGCACUGUUUGGUCAAGAUGAUGGAGAGGGUCGUGGAUAUUCCGACACCUGUGCCAUACUCGGCUGUGGUGGACCUUGACCUCGAGCUCCAAGAAUUCCGCAAAUCCUUGCCUGAAUCCCUCAUGUGUUCGGUCGCGAUCCAGGACCUCCCACUCGACACGUCGCUCCACCCGCACCUCGUCCUCCAGCGGUUCGGUAUCCGGCUCUUUAUCGCCGAAGCACGCCUGCACCUCAACCGCGCGGCCUUUGUCCAGGCUCUCAAGGCCUCCCCCACGGCCCCGAGCCACGGCACGUUCGCUGCGGCCUUUGUGGCACUGUACGAGUCGGCCCAGGAGAUUGUACAGGUCCUCAAGCAACUGGUCCUGUACUCGCCCGCCCUCGCCGAGCGCUGGUGGUUCUUCUGGUUCCACGCGUUCAGCGCGGCCGUCUGCCUCGCCGCCAUCGCCAUCGAGGCGCCGACAUGCGGCUUCGCCCAGCCGGCCUUCUCGGGCCUGUCCAUCGUGUGCGACCUGUCCGGCGCCGCGCGUGACGGCUGUCGAGUCAAGGACGGACUGAGCACGCUCCUCGGCCUGCGCAAGCGAGCCCGCGAGCGCCUAGACGCGGCACGGAGUGCGCGCCACGCCGCGAGCUCGGCCCCAGCUCCCGCAAAGACGGAGGGCAAAGACGACGAGCUGCACCGUCUCCUCCUGGCCGAACGCAGGCGGGACGAGCGUCCGAAACCCCACCAAACAUCCAGCCCCAUCGGGAACGGCAACGGCACGCCUGGCGGCGCGAGAGAUAUCCGCGACCUGCCCAAACGCCUGUCGCACAUGGCCCCGCCCAUCCCCAACCCGCUCGCCCCCGUCCGCCCGCAUGGCCACCACGCACAGGUGCUCGCAAACGGCGGCAGCCACCACAACGACCUGGACCUGUCGCCCUCGGCGGUCCCGCGUGUCGACGCUGGCCCGACGAUUCCAUUGUGGCCCGACGCGGCCAGUGUCCUGAUCGACUAUGCGGGGCUGGAGGCCAGCGGGCGCUUUGAGAUUAGCGUGCAGCCGUUCUUGACCCAGUUGGAGGGGUAUGCCUGGGGCCCGAGUACUUAG